AUGGACACGUCGCUCCUCCUCCCCCGUCCAUCACGUCCGUUCACUCCCUCGCAUCCAACGGUCAUGAAUGCGUCCCGAUUUGUGUCGCAGCCGGCGACGUCAGCCUCCCCGUCUCCCCUUUGCGUUGCGCAAUUUCCGUGGAGUUCCGCCAGUGCGCGCACAUGUGUUCGCGCGGCGGUAGCGUUGUCAGGGAGAAUUCCGCCGCGAGAACCGGCGGAUUCAGCGCGCACCGGGGGGAGUGGGGGGCGCGGAAGUGUAGCGGCGGCGUCGCUGAAGCGCCCGCCAGUGGGGCUGGGGGCGGAAGGCGCACUGGCGGAGGAGGUUGCGGCGGAGGCGGUGGAGGAUUUGCUGGGGGAAGGGGAGUCGGAAGGGGAAGAGGGAGCGAGCGCGGCGGUUGCUGACGCGGCAGGGUCUGAAUCCGACGUGGACCGACCCGUGGUGGAAACGCGCACGUGGCAGUGGCGCGGCCACACAAUAAGGUACCAGCAGUCCGGUUCCCAGGGCCCUCCAGUCCUCCUCAUCCACGGAUUCGGCGCCAGCAGCGACCACUGGCGGCACACGCUUAAAGCCCUGGGCGCAUCGGGGCACCGCGUGUUUGCGAUUGAUUUGCUCGGGUAUGGCUACUCGGAUAAACCCACUCCUAGCUACCGGAUUAAGAAUGGACAAGGGAGGCAGGAGGAGCAGCAGAAAGAGCAGGGGGGUGGUGUCGCUGCUGCUGCUGCUGCUGGUGUGAGUGGUGGCGAGUCAGAGUACACGUUUGAGAACUGGGGGCAGCAGGCCGUUGACUUCAUUGACCAGGUGGUGGGCGAGGAGGCGUUUAUUGUCACCAACUCCGUGGGAGGGGUGGUGGCACUGCAAGCAGCAGCCACGCACCCAUCCAAAACCCUCGGUCUUCUCCUGCUCAACAUCUCCCUCCGAAACCUCCACAUUCGAAAGCAGCCCUUCUUUGCCCGCCCCUUCGUUUCCCUCCUCCAAUCCACCCUUCGAUCCACCUCCCUCGGAGAGCAAUUCUUCGCCUCGGUCGCCACGCCUCGCGCCGUGCGUAACGUGUUACGGCAGUGUUACGGCGACCCUGCUACAGUGACGGACGAGCUCGUGGAUUUGAUUCUCAAGCCCGGGUUGCAGCCAGGGGCGGUGGAUGUGUUCCUGGAUUUUAUCUGCUACUCGGGCGGCCCGCUGCCAGAGGACUUGCUACCCAAAGUGCAGGUGGGUGGGGGGAAAGUGAGUGCCCAGUGCUGUUCGGGUGGGGCCAGGCAGACCCCUGGGAGCCAGUGGAGCAAGGCAGAAAGCUUCGAGGCUCUCCUCUCUCAUCUCACAAUACUCCACCCCCUCCUUCCCUCUCUCCCCCUUCUCCAGUGCCCUGUGCUGUUCGGUUGGGGCCAGGCAGACCCCUGGGAGCCAGUGGAGCAAGGCAGGACACUCAAGGAUUUCCCCUGUGUGGUUGGUUUUGAGGAGUUCCCAGGGGUGGGUCAUUGCCCUCAGGACGAAGCUCCGCACCUAGUCAACCCCCUUAUAGAGCGGUUUAUUUCCCAGCAAAUCUAG